AUAUAAUUAUUACUAUUAUUGAUGGUAAAGUUGUUUGAUUUCACAAUUUACUAUGUAAACAUUUAGUAAUAACUAUAAUAAAAAAUUAUAAAGAAACACAACAUAAGUACUAGUACUAGUAAGUGUAGAGUUAAGAGGCAGAAGCGAAGUAGAGAGAGAACGAAAAAGAGAGUUAUGAUGGCAGAAGAAAACGGAGUACACAACCUGUUUCUUGAAACUGCAACAGCUAUGGAGAUUCAGAACGGAGAUGCACCACCACAAGUACACCAACAAGAACCACCCAAGUGCUUAAUUACCAAGACCGACGAUGGAAGCAUAGAGAGUCACCGUUACUACCUUUCUCGCAGAACAACACUCGAGAUGCUGAAAGACAGAGGCUACUCCAUUCCCUCUCCCGAAAUCCAGCUCUCUCUUGAAGAAUUUCGUCAAGUUCAUGGCCAAUCUCCUGAUGUUGAUCGACUCCGUUUUACUGCUAGUCAUAGCACUGACCCCUCUAAAAGGAUUUUAGUGAUUUUCAGUGGGCCAGGGAUUGUGAAAGUGAAUGUGAUUAGGAACAUUGCUGGACAGAUUGUGAAUAGAGACACUCUCAGUGGUCUCAUUUUGAUCGUGCAAAGUCAGAUUACUAGCCAGGCUUUGAAGGCGGUUAAUCUUCUAUCUUUCAAAGUUGAAAUUUUUCAGAUCACAGACUUGCUUGUUAAUAUUACAAAGCACGUGUUGAAGCCAAAGCAUCAGGUUCUGACCGAUAAGCAGAAAAAAAAUCUCCUGAAGAAGUACAAUAUACAAGAAAAGCAGCUUCCCCGGAUGCUACAGACAGAUGCAAUUGCUCGAUAUUAUGGACUUCAGAGGGGGCAGGUAGUUAAAGUUACCUACAGCGGUGAAAUCACCCAGAUGCAUGUUACCUAUCGAUGCGUUUGGUGAUAUAACCUUAGUUGCAGUUUCUCUUUCGUUUUGGUGUUUGAAUUCUUCGCAGAAUUCAAAUGUUGUAUCAUGCAUAAGUUCAUGACCGUAGCAUUGUAACUUGUAAUCCUAGGUUUUCUAGCGUAAUGUUUUGAACUCGCCAAGUUUGAUCUUGUGGAUUUGUCUCUUGAACCUGUGAGGAACUGAUCUGCAUUGAAAAAUUCUGUGUACAAACUUGUUUUUCCUUUUAGAGAAAAACUGAUGUUUACUGCAACCCUCGAGGUGCUUGCUAAUGUAUCAGAUAUGAACUAAUGUAUGUAAAUCAGGAAAGCUAUUAGCACAUUGGAACAUUGUUCCUAUCAAAAGUAGUGUGAAAAAUAAAUGCUUAACAAAAGCUUCACAUUUCUGUCAACCAA